AUGAAAGAAGUGUUUCAAAAGGAUAACAAACGUAAUAAUGAAGACGUUCAAUUUACGGAAAGAAACCCAAAAAUGCCACGUAUGGAUGAUUCAUCCGAUGAUACAUCUUCAAAUUGCAUAAAGCCUGAAGUAAUGAACGAAGAUCUUAAUAAAGAUGUUUUCGAGAGGGAUUACAUCAAAGAUAUAUUUAACGUAUCUCAAGUUUUCGAAGAUUUCUCCCCAUUAAUUAAAACAUUCAUUUCAAUAGGAAGAGAGAUUAUGGAAAUAUAUGAACAAGCCGAACAUCAUAAAGAAUUAUGUAGUUUCCUUUUACAAAGGUGUAAUUGCGCCAUGGCCGCGGUACAAGAUUUAAAAAUUAGAAAAACGGAAAAUUUAAUUUUUUUCUCCAAAGAGGAAAAUAAAAUUUUAUUUGAGGGAUUUAUUAUUUGUAUACGUGAUAUUAAAAACUUUAUAAAAAAGAUUAGUCAUUUAAGUAAAUUAAAGAGAUUAUUUUACGGUAAUAAUAUUGAAGAAACUUUUACGGAUCUUUUAACGAAAUUUGACGGGUAUAUGAAAAAUUUAAAUUUUUCUUUCACCAUACAAACUAGAGAUGAAGUUGCAACCAUAAGAUAUGACCUGAGUCAAAUUAAAGAGAUCUUGCUUCACGUUUAUGGUUUACCUGACGAUAAAAAUUUUUUAAACAGAAUGGAUUUGGUAUUUAAGAAAAAUAAAGAAUUUCAAGAACAAAGCAAACUAAAAAGUUUACAUUCAAUUGAAGUGAAUGAACCACUACUUGAUGGAAGUCAAUAUCAAAAAACAAACUGA